GGAGGUUUUUUAUUUUAACCCCCUGCGUUUUAUCUACUGUUUGUUCUUCUUUUCGCUUCUUCUUUGGGUUCCUACCCCCCCUCCUCCUCUCGCCCGUUAUUUCCGGAGUCGCCGUGGGGAGAGACAGAGAGAGAGAGCUGGUCCAGAGGAAAGUGGGAGGGUACUGGCUGGACGAACAGGAUACCACACAGCAGGGUGGAAGAUAGGGGGUGUGUUCCAAUGCUGGUUGACCUGGCCGAUCGGAGGAGCUUCGAAAUCACUGCGUUUCGUCCACGGUAGGAGUCUAUAAGAGUCAAGAGAGAGGUUUAUAUGGCAGAGAACAAGCGUCAGUCCCUUACAGGGAGACCAUCAACACAAGGAUCAGGUGCAGCGGGAGGACCGGGAAUGGCAGCUGCAAUGGUUCCUCUGGAGGUGGCAUUAAGCGGUGCGAUUGGGGCGCGCGUCCGCAUCACUACGGCACCGCCCACGUCGUCGACCUUGGAAGGAACAUUGUUCACGGCCUGUCCGAUCACGAAUCUUGUCGCGAUCAAUACAUCCACGCCCCCUCCCACACCGGCUAGCGCCACAGAGUCGACGCUGACCCAGGCGGGCGACUACCACAUCGUCCCCAUCUCCCGUAUCCAGUCCUUCCAGCUUCUCUCGUUAGCGCCGUCGUCCACCGCGGCCGGUGCCCCCUGCUUCACAGAUGCGACCCCGUCCCUGCACGCUCUCGAUAUCCGCGCGUUGAAGAACCGCGAAGCCACAGCCGUUGGAAAGCUGCAAGAGCUCGAAACCAAGCGCGGCAAGGGUGUCACCCGCGAAGGACAAGACCUGUUCGACGCCUUCAGUCGGACCAUGCCCGCCCACUGGGACGGAACGAGUAUCAUCGUCGCCGAUGCCGUCGCCAUUGCAUCCCCUUACCGCGUGGAAGACUGCCAAUCUUUACACGCGGGGGAUACCGCUGCUCUUGCUCGGGUCCGCAAAGUGCUCGAGAUGGAACGCAAGAAGAUCGAACUCCGCAGCGCCAGCGCUACGAUGAGCACCGCCAGCUCGUUCCCGCGCAGCUCCGCUGGGACGCCCGGGCCUGCCUCGGCCAAAGCCCAGCCCAGCAGUCUGUCCUCCUCGCCGGGGCCGGGUGCUGCUGGACAGCGCAAGGGCGGAUAAGCAUGGGAAACCAGCAUGAGGGUUGGGAGAACUCACCAGAUGAACCCCCUCUGAAGCGUCGAACACAAGAAUAUCUUGUAGAAAGACGGUGGGGAAAAGGACGAAAAAAAGGGGGGGAGAUUACUACGACGGGUACGAAAGUAUCAAAAAUGUAGGUCGUGGGCUCACCACCCACACCACAACGAUAGGGGGAGGGUUGAUCCGAUGGAAAGCAGUCAGGUAUCUGGCUCUCUCUAGCGUUCCAUAGCAUGAGAACAAAUGCUUAUCCAAAGGUUGAAAGAGAACUGUAAAAGUGAAUUAAAACUAAACUAUUAAUCUAAUCUCAAUCUAUCAAUAGGCCUAUCAAAAGUGAUUACACCUCCUCAUC